AUGGAUAAACGUUUCAAGCUCAGGUUCAAAUUCCCUCCUAUGAUCCAGUUUUGCCGUCCUAAACACAACUCCAAAAAUCCGGCGGUGAUUCCAGCAAUUUACCGCCUGACUCCGAUAAACCCUAAAGUCGGGGACAUCGGCUACCCUAACGUCGUCCUGCCGGGACCACCGCCGUCAACACCGGAGGACUCUUCAGUCAAGCGGCAGGUGUCCACCUCCGGUACCAAGGCCGUCGGCUGCGGAUGCAAUGGGGCCAGGUCAUGGACGCGAGACUUCUCGUACUCCAGCAUGGAGUUACCGGAAUAUGAAGUUAAUGCAACGCCGCAUUUGGUGACCGAGAAGUACUACAACAAUAAGAAGAACAAGAGCAGCAACGAGAAGAGGAGGAAGAAACCAACAGCGAAAGCGAAAGCCAGUCUUCCUUCAUCGGAAGGCAGUAACCACUGGUUCAGCAGCGAAGAGGAGAAUGAAGAGAGUGAGACCCCAAUCUAUUCUUCGAGAAGCUUCUCGACAGACUUCUCAGCUGUGCUCGAGACUAUAAGCGAGGAAUCAGACAAACAAGGUAACAAAAACAAAAAGAGCAACAACAAUAAGGUUAGGAGACUAAAACGGAGCGUUUCGAAGAACUGGAAAGAAACCGGUGAUAUUGGGAAGAUCAAGUCGGUGUUCCAGCCGAUGAGAGUGUGCAGGAGACAAGGGAUGGUGAAGGAGAGCAUGGCAGUGGUGAAGAAGUCAGAGGAUCCAUACGAGGACUUCAAGAAGUCGAUGAUGGAGAUGAUAAUGGAGAAGCAGAUAUUCGAGGCCAGAGAAUUGGAGGAGCUGCUGCACUGCUUCUUGACCUUGAACUCGCGCCAUUAUCAAGGAGUUAUAGUUGAGGCCUUCUCAGAGAUAUGGAAGCUCGUCUUCACAGACACACCCUCAACGUCAAGUGAGUUCUACUGUUUUGCGGAUAAGUCGCAAAUAGACCAGAUGUCCAAGUUGAAGAUCUGA